AUGGAAAUCGAGGCACCAACAGCAUCGAUGGAUCCCAAGUUUAAGGAUGGUAUCGUCGUCCACGCUGGUGAAACGUUUGUUAUCCGAGCGGAUAUCCUGGGGACGCCACUCCCCAGAGUCAAGUGGUUAAAAGACGGAAAAGAAAUUGAUAAAACCGCCCCGAGAACGGAGGUCGUAAAAACGUUUGAACGUACCGUUCUAACAGUUCUAGAUUGCGUCAGAGUGGACGGCGGACAGUUCGUCCUGAGUCUCAGCAAUGUGGCCGGAAAGAAAGAUAUACCUGUCAAUGUUAAGGUUCUUGAUAGACCUGGUCCACCUGAUGGGCCAUUGAAGAUAACUGGUGUGACUGCAGAGAAAGCCACGCUGCACUGGAGUCAUCCGUUACAAGAUGGCGGUGCCAGUGUUUCCCAUUAUAUCAUUGAAAAGAGGGUAACCAACCGCGUGUCAUGGACUGUAGUCCAACCGGAAACCCAAGCAGUCAGCUACAAAGUGACUAAACUUGUACCCGGCACUGAGUACAUCUUCAGAGUGAAAGCGGUGAAUAGGUUUGGCACUGGUGAACCUCUUGAAUCAGACCCGGUUACUGCAUGUUGUCCUUUCAAGCCGCCCAGCUCUCCUUCCACACCUGAAGCAAGCGCUAUAACAUGCGACUCAAUGGUCCUUACAUGGAAUCGUCCAGAAAACGAUGGUGGCUCAGAAAUAGAUGGCUAUAUCGUUGAAAAACGCGAUAAAGACGGUGUUAGAUGGACAAAGUGUAACAAGAGAAGACUUAACGAUAUUCGGUUCAGAUGCACCGGACUCGCAGAGGGGCAUUCCUACGAGUUCAGAGUAUCUGCUGAGAAUUCUGCUGGCGUGGGAGUGCCAAGUGUACCAACAGGAUAUAUCAAAGCUUGUGACCCCUUAUAUCCACCAGGUCCACCUUACAACCCUAGGGUGACAGACCAGUCAACCACAACCGUGUCCAUCUCAUGGACAAAGCCCAUCUAUGAUGGCGGAGCAGCCAUCAAAGGAUAUGUUGUUGAGAUGAAGGAAGUAACGGAGGAAGAGUGGACAGCCUGUACACCGCCAACUGGUGUUGAAGAAACACACUUCACUGUGAAAAUGCUGAAGGAGAAUGGAGAAUACAACUUCCACGUCUAUGCGAUUAACACUGAAGGAGUUGGGGAACCCGCUGAUGUACCAGGGACUGUAGUUACAUCUGAAAGACUUGAGGCACCUGAGAUCGAACUAGAUUCAGACCUUAGGAAAAUGGUGUCAGUUCGGGCGUGUGCGACACUGCGUCUGUUUGUCCCGUUCAAAGGAAAACCUCAACCUGUAGUCAAGUGGUCCAAGACGGAAGUAUGCGUUGACUCUGAGAACGCCAGCGGUAUGAAGUCUGCUUUCGUUAAUGUCACAGUGUUGGAUUCACCAAGUGCCCCCGAGCACUUUGAAGUCAAGGACAUUACUAGAGAUUCUGUAUCACUAUCCUGGGAGCCUCCACUGAUUGACGGCGGAGCUAAGAUCACACAUUACAUUGUGGAGAAGAGAGAAGCUCAAAGACGAGCCUUUACCAGUGUUUCCGAGAACUGUGGAAGAAAUAGAAUGAAGAUUGACAACCUCAUAGAAGGGGGACUUUAUUACUUCCGUGUACGAGCUGUUAAUGAGCUCGGUGUGGGUUUGCCAGCGGAAACACCAGAACCAAUCAAGGUAUCCCAAGCUCCUUUGCCUCCUGGUAAAGUCGCUGUUGUAGAUGUUACUCACGACAGUGUGAGUCUGUCGUGGGAAAAGCCUGACGACGACGGUGGAAGCAGAAUCAAAUGCUACGUAGUGGAAAUGCAAACCAAGAGCGAUGACAAAUGGACUGUGUGUACUGAGAUACGGGGAUUGAGAUCAACUAUUGAUGGACUCUUGACAGGUGAGGAAUAUUCAUUUAGGAUUAGUGCGGUCAAUGAAACAGGCAAGAGUGAACCUAAGCUACUGGCAGAGGCUGUCGCAGUAAACGACGACACAGUGGAACCCAUCAUAGAUCUGAUGUGCAACACAUUCAGUGUCAAGGCAGGAGACGACCUGAAGAUCGAUGUUCCGUUUAGAGGCAGAACUGAACCUGAGGUUUCAUGGAACAAAGAUGGUGUUGAGUUGAAGGAGACAACCAGGGUUAGCUUUCUAACGUCUAAUAACUCAUCACUAAUCACUAUCAGAAACACAACCAGGGAGGAAUCAGGGAACUAUGAGAUCACCUUAAGCAACACAGUUGGUAGAAAAUCAGCCAUACUAGCUGUUGUCAUCUUGGAUAAACCUGGCCCACCUGGUGCAAUCAAGGUAGAUGAGGUCAACGCUGACUAUAUUUCACUGUCUUGGGAUCCCCCACUCUACGAUGGUGGAUGUCCAAUCACCAACUACGUAGUAGAGAAGAGAGAUACUACCACUACAUCAUGGAAGACUGUUUCAUCCACAGUUGCCAGAACAUCUAUUAAGGUUCCUCGUUUGACACAAGGCACUGAAUAUCAGUUCCGAAUUGCAGCUGAAAACCGUUACGGCGUGAGCCAUGCUGUGGAGUCUGCUUCCGUUGUUGCACAGUACCCCUUCGAGAAACCUGGCCCUCCCACUACCCUCCGUGUUGCCCAGGCUACAAAGUCCUUCAUGUUGGUUACAUGGAAUGAACCAGCCAGGGACGGUGGAAGUCCAAUCAUCGGUUAUCACCUGGAAAUGAAGGACUACAGCAGUAUUCGCUGGACAAAGACUAACAGAGGACGUCUCAUCGCUGAAACAGAAUUUAAAGUGAAUGGGGUUGAAGAAAGCUUGCAGUAUGAAUUCCGUGUUGCUGCUGAGAAUAUUGCUGGCGUUGGGCCGUACAGCAAAGCCACUGAGCCUAUAGCUGCAAGAGAUCCGUGUGAUCCUCCUGCUAACCUUACAGUCACAGACAUCACAAGAUCUUCCAUUUCUCUCACUUGGUCGAAGCCAGAGAAUGACGGUGGAGCCAAGGUGACUGGCUACAUUGUUGAUCGCAGGGAGCUUCCAGAUGGUUGUUGGCUGAAGUGCAAUUUCACCAAUCUCCAGGAAACUUGCUAUGACAUUGAAGGUCUUACGGAGGACAUUCAAUAUGACUUCCGCGUUAUUGCAAAGAACUCUGCUGGAGUACUCAGUGAGCCAUCGCAAUGCACAGGUGCCGUCACAGUCAAGGAUAACGUUGUUCUACCUCGCAUUGUCUUGGAUGACAAGUAUAAGAAAUUAGUCCUUGUCAAAGCCGGAGAUGUUCUGAGAAUCGAUGCAGAUAUUUCUGGGCGCCCACGUCCAGUCAUUUCCUGGUCAAAAGAUGGUGAAAGGAUUGAGAUCAAGGCAAGAAUAGAGAUCACAUCAACACACACCACCACCACAUUACUAGUCAGAGACGCUAUCCGAAGAGACUCGGGUCAGUACACUGUAACAGUGCAGAACAUUGCUGGUACAAGGUCCCUGUGUGUAAACUGUAAGGUACUUGACCGCCCUGGACCGUCCUCUGGGCCAUUGGAUGUGACUGGUCUGACCGCAGAGAAAUGCACUUUGACCUGGGGACCACCUCAAGAAAAUGGUGGUGCGGAAAUUCUGCGCUACAUAGUAGAGAAAUGUGAAACCAGUCGUGUCACCUGGACUUCAGUAUAUGAAGACACGAAGGCUACAACAUGCAAGGUCACCGGUCUGCGUAAAGGAAAGGAAUACAUCUUCAGAGUAAAGGCAGUGAAUGAAUAUGGAGAAGGUGAAGCCUUGGAGAGUGAGCCAACCAAGGCCACAGAUCCAUUCACUGUCCCUGCUGCACCGACAGAUGUUGAAAUCACCAGCAUAACAAGUGAGACGAUGACAAUCUGCUGGAAAAGACCGGAGUCCGAUGGAGGAAGCAGCAUUUCUGGCUACGUUAUUGAGAAACGAGAGAAAUCAGGAAUGCGCUGGGUACAGGUGAACACGAAACCUGUGAAUGACCUUAGGGUCAAGGCAUCCAAUCUCUGUGAGGGAUGUGAGUAUGAGUACAGAGUCUAUGCAGAAAAUGUAGCAGGCUCGAGUCCCCCAAGUAUUCCUUGCAAACUGACAAAAGCAGAGGAUCCACAAUUCCUGCCGUCCCCACCAGCUAAACCCAAAGUCAUUGACUCGACCGAGACUUCUGUAACUCUUUCAUGGAAUAAGCCGUUGUUUGAUGGGGGAGCUGCUGUAACAGGAUACUGUGUUGAAUAUAAGAGAACGGAUGAGGAGGACUGGUGUGUCAGUGUUUCAAACACAGAGAACACUGAAUCCACUGUCGUUGGUUUGACACCUGGUGCAGAAUAUAUAUUUGUUGUCAAAUCCAUCAACAAGAUUGGUGUCAGUGAGCCAAGCCCUCCUACUGAUCCACAAGCAGCUGAGGACCGAGAAGAAGAACCACAGUUUAAUAUCAGCAAUGAGAUGCGAAAGACUCUUCUUGUAAAGGACGGCAGUUCAUUCACCUUAACAGUGCCGUUCAGCGGCAAGCCUUUUCCUAACGUUAUGUGGGACAAGGCAGAUGUUGACCUGAGAGUGAGGGCCAGUAUUCAUACCACUGAUACUGUCACGUCUAUCACGGUGGAUAAAGCAACAAGAGACGACUCUGGAAAAUAUACAGUAACUUUACAAAACGUUGCUGGAAAAGUCACAUGUACGUUAAAUGUCAGGGUUCUUGACUCUCCUGGUCCACCAUGCCGUGUUGCGGUCAAGGAUGUUACCAAGAGCUCUGCAACAGUUGCCUGGGAUACCCCAGAAAACGAAGGUGGUGCUGCUGUCACCAACUACCUUGUUGAUAUCCGUGAGGUGAACAACAAGGGAUGGACCAGAGUCACAGAUUCAUGUCCUCGUCUGACCUACAGAGUGUCAGAUCUACAAGAGGGAGGUGUGUACUACUUCAGAGUCACUGGUGAAAACCAAUAUGGAACCGGCUUGCCAGCUGAGACCAAAUACGGAGCAAUGAUUACAGAAAAACCAAGCCCGCCACAAACCAUCGAAGUCACCGAGAUCACCAAGGAAAGCGUGUCCUUGUCAUGGAUUAAGCCCGAGGAUGACGGAGGGAGCAGAAUCAGCAGUUAUCGUGUCGAUGCUCUCGAGAACGGUCAGGAUAAAUGGGUGAAGUGUGGCGUCACCAAGACCGCCCACUUCGUGGUGUACGACCUGAAGGAAGCUACUCAAUACUUCUUCAGAGUUCGUGCUGAAAACCACGCUGGAUUCAGUGACCCUACAGAAAUGGCUCUCCCUGUGUUAGUUAAAGGGCAACUUGAACCUCCUGAAAUGAACAUGAACAAGUUUCCUGACAAUAUGGUCUACGUCAGAGCAGGAUCGAACCUAAAAUGCCAGAUCCCACUUACUGGGAAACCUGCGCCAAAGAUUUCUCUUUCAAAGGACGAUGUCGUGUUGAAGUCAACGAUGAGAUUCAACUCUGAAGUAACUCCUGAAUAUCUUAUCAUCAGUCUUCGUGAGAGCACUGCUACUGAUUCAGGAAGGUACGACAUAUGUGCCUCCAACACCAGCGGAGCCUCCAGGUCUUUUGUGACCAUCGUGGUCCUGGAUAGACCCAGCGCCCCAGUUGGUCCUAUUGGAAUGUCUGAGGUGACCGAGGACAGCGUGAGUCUGACGUGGCUUCCUCCUCGGUAUGAUGGCGGAAGUCCCGUCACAAACUACAUCAUAACCAAACGAGAAACGACAAACGCCGACUGGACCGAAGUCUCCUCGGUCGUUGUGAAAUGCACGAUGAAAAUCAUGAAGCUCAUAACAGGACUGGAGUACCAGUUCAGAAUCAGGGCUGAAAAUCGCUACGGCAUCAGUGAGUACAGCGACUCUGCAACCGUCAGAGUGGAUCUCAACUACACCGUCCCUGAAUCUCCGUCAGCCCCUAUCGUCACGUCUGUGACCAGAGAAAGCGUCACCGUCGCCUGGACGGAGCCGAACUGGAAUGGCGGGAGACCAGUCGUUGGAUACCGUCUUCAGAUGAAGGACAAGAACAGCAUCCUGUGGCAGACGGUCAACAAAACCGUUAUCCGUGCCACACACUUCAAAGUGACCAACGUCAUCGUUGCCGGUCUCGUCUAUGAGUUCAAGGUGGCAGCGGAAAACGCAGCUGGGUGCAGUCCUCUGAGCAAGACCUCAGACGCUGUACUGGCCAUUGAUGCUUGUGAGCCUCCGACCAACGUGCGGAUCACUCACAUCAGAAAGUCCUCCGUCAGACUUGAAUGGCUGAAGCCUACUUACGAUGGUGGUAGCAAGGUAACGGGAUACCUGGUUGAGAAGAAAGAGGGAGAAGGAGACAGGUGGACGAAGGCCAACUUAACCAACGUUUCCGACACUCACUACACCGUGACCGAGCUGAACGACUGUGUGGUUUACGAAUUCAGAGUGGUGGCUAAGAAUGCAGCGGGAUCGGUCAGUAAUCCGUCCGUCACUGCCGGCCCGGUGAUGUGUGUGGACACGGACGCUUACGAAGGAGAUUAAGAUGGUUUUAUGUGAUUUGUUUAAUUGUCAGAGGCUUUGCUAGUAUUGUUGUGAAAAGUGGUCGAAGUCGUUCAAUUUGCAUUUUUUUUUUCUUUAAAAGUAGAGAUUUACGUAAUUGAUGUGGUUACUGAAAUAGCUAUUUGUUUUGAUUUGGUAGACGAUAUUUCUGUUCUGAUAGCUGAUUUUAAUAGCAGAGUAGAUUUGAUAUGCUUCAACUAUUGUCUGACUUGUUGGGAAAGUGGUCAGAAUGGUUGAUUUGUGGGCGUAAAUCACAGUGUUAACAGAAUGGUUGAUUUGUGGGCGUAAAUCACAGUGUUAACAGAAUGCCUAGUGGUUAGAGUGGAGGGACGGCAGGUAGACUAGUGGUUAGAGUGGAGGGACGGCAGGUAGACU